AUGCUGGAGCAAGAAACUCAGCACCUAGGGAGAACGCGUAGCCAGCCAACCGCAGAAGAGCAGGCGGAGCGACAGCUCCCGCAGCAGGCCUCAACGCACGACCAGGUCCGAACUCAGAACACCGAGACCGACGACCCAACGAAGCAAAGCCUCCAGCUACAUGUCCCGCCGUUGUAUGACGAACAGCAACAGCUGCAAAAUCAACAGACACGACAGCAACGCCAGACAUUGCAGCUUCAGGAACAACCUUCGCCCGAUGGUCGCGCAACAAACAAAGAUGUGUCAGGCCCUUCAGCAUUCACCACGUCGGCGUGGUCGUUCGAUGCCGCGCCAAUUGCAGGAGAGGCCUCCCGCCAGGCAAGCGGCCCCUAUCGCGCCUUCGCAAGUCAGCUAGCCCCGUGUGUGGCAGCCAUUAUUUCGGAUACUGCCGGCUCUACUGCUCGUAGUGGCACGAGUAACCAGAGAACACAGGAAUCCGUCGGGGUGCCCCACUUGAGCGAAGAUGCUUUAAGUGCAGUGGUUCGAACAGCGUUGACCGGCACGACUACUAUCGUGCCAGACCAGCUUGAAUCGCCGGCGACACAAUACACCACGCUUUCGGAGCUCGCUCAUCAAGCCGAGGUGCAGAAGAGCAUAGCGCAGUUUGAGCUCAAGAGGAAAGAAGCAGAAGAUCGCUGGAAUGAACGUUUCGAGCUCGAAGAAGCAAGACAUGCGCGCGUUGACGCGGAGCUCGAGGAAGAAAGGAGCGACAACAUAAAAGCACGAGACCAGCGGCGACAGGAGCUCGCCGCCGAAAAGUCCCGCUAUGAAGAUGUAGAGCGAUCGCUGGAAGCGGAAAGGGAUAGCGUGAGGCGUCGGCGCCUCCGCGAGAGGGAGGAGAUAUGCACAAAAAUUGCGGAGGCGACUGCGCAAAAACGUGAUCGUUUCCUUUCUUGUAGCAGCCUCAGGGAAGAAAACCGAAGUAUCAGGAAAAGAACCCGCAAGAGACGAAGCGAACUUGCAGAAUUAAAGCAGGAGACUCAGGAUCUGGACCGCGAAAUUGGCGAGUUAGAGAGGCAGGGACAGGAACUGGACCAAGAGAGCGCGCAUUUGGAACGAGAAAUCUUCGUUGCUGAGUUGGCAGCCGAAGAAGAGGAACGCCUUGCACGCGAGGCCACGUCAGCGCGCGAGCAGCGGGAGCAGCGAAAACGUGAACAGGAGGAAGCACAAAGAGACCGCGAAGCAGCGGAGGCCCAACAGCGCGAAGAAGCAGAGCCAGCGGCAGCUCGGCAGCGGGCCGCCGAUUCCGUUCCGGAGAGAGAAACUCCCCUGAGAUGA